AUGGAACUAAGUCCUACAGAUAUACCAAUUUUUGGUUACCCACCAUUGAUAUAUUCAAAGGAGACCACAUUAUAAGAAUGCUAUGAACUCAAAGACCUGGAUUAAGAUUUCCUAAACAAAUACCAUAAGGUUGAAAGAGAAGACGAAAUGAUAAAAAUUUCAUUUGCAAACGGGUAUAAGUUGGAUUAGUUCUAUAAAGAUAAAAUAGAGGAUUUAGAAUACGAGUUAAACAGGUUAAAUCAAAAUAACGAACCUUUUUUCCUCAAAAGGAGAGCGACAUUAAUGAGAAAAUCUACAACUGAUGAAAGAACUUCAAUAAAUUUUCUUAAAAGCUAAAAUGUGAGUAUCUCUCCAGUUCAUGAAGGUUCUGCCAAAAAUCUGAAGAAUCCAGACCUUGCUGAAAAAAUUAAGAUUUGUUUGGAUUCAAAAGGUAAAGAUCAUACUACUUUAAAAAUAUAAAGAGAACCUUUUAAAUUCAAGCCGAUCAUUGAUUUGAAGAAAGAGUAGAAGAUUUUCAAGUAAAUCUACAGUCCCAGAUAAUACAUUGAGAAAGAAAGCAUAACUGUUAAGGCAAAAAGAUUCAUCAAUAGUUUUAAAACAGAGGCAUCAGAGCCUGAAAAAAAGGGGCACUCAUUUCAAGCUUCAUAUCGUCAAUCUAAUAUGACCUCAAACAGAAAUUAAGCUACUAGAUAAGAAGGAUAGUCACCUUCACUAUUGCAUUAAUAAAUCAAUAUAUAGCUUCCUUAAAAAUACUAAUAAAAGUAAAAUAAGCGGCUCAGCCUAAGGUGUGUAUCAUCUAACAGAUAUUCAAGAAUUCUGUUUGAUGAGGAUGAUACAGGUGCUAGUCGCAAAAUAAAUACGGCUAAACCAUAAUCUCCAUGUGAAAAGGCAAAUCCAGAGAAAAUAAAUGAGAUUAAUGCAAGAUUAAGUUUAGAAGGCAAGAAUGCAGAUCAAGUAUAGAGAAUUAUGGCCAAUUCUAUAUUUUCUCUUGAAAAUUUGUCUCUUAAGUCAAAGAUAGAAAGGAGAAAUUUCAAUUUGACUACUAGCUUUAAAAAAAAUUAGAUGUAGUUUGAGAGAUCAGGGGGACUAAAUAGCCCAUUUAAUAAUACAAUUCAGUAUUCUGACCCACUUUUAAAAGAAGGUCUCAGUACUGCCACAACUAGGACACCCCUUGACUCAGCUCGACAACUCUCAAGUUUUUAUUAGUCACUUAACUAGCGAACACAAGAGUACAAAAAAUAAUAUAGAAGAAAAAUUGAAUGCAAAAGUACUGGUAUUUGUGAUUGA